CUUAAAAAACGUCACGUAACGUAAUUAAUAUUCAAGAGCAGACCUUCGCCAUAGUAGAUGAAACGCAUCUUCUGUGAAGUUUAAAAUGAAAGAAUGGAUUCCUUCUCAAUGCAUCCACUCUCGCCUGUGUUUUUUGAUUUAGAGACAACUGGUUUAGAUUCCUCAUGUGAGAUAGUCCAACUGGCCGCAGUGAGUGGAGGUCACACUCUGAACCUCUUCAUGGUUCCCCGUCGGCCGAUGCAGCCCGGGGCGUCCAGGAUUACGGGUUUCAGUGUGAGACGCCAGCGUUUGUUUCUCCACCGCAGGCCGGUGCUCACCAGCUCUCUCAGAGAAGCCCUGGUCUCCUUCAUCACCUUCCUCCGGAUGCUGGGUCGGCCGGUCCUGGUGGGUCACAACAUCCGCAGGUUUGACUGUCACGUUUUGGCCCGAGCUCUGGAUGAGUUCAGCCUGAGGUCAGACUUCCAGAAAGAGGUUUGUGGAUUCGUGGACACCCUUCCUCUGGCCCGUCAGCUUCUCAAAGACAGUGGCCUCCAGAGCUUCAAGCAGGAGAACCUGGUUAAGACCCUCCUGGGAGUUUCAUAUGCGGCCCAUAACGCUCUAGAGGACGUACAAGCCCUGCAGAAACUCUACUGGGCCCUCAAGCCCACAGCCAAUCAGAUUCAUCAGCACAUUUUCACUCUGGACUCAUUGGCUACUGCAGCUGUCAGUCAAGCUCCAGCUGCACAGAGCGGUUUAUGUGAGCGUUUCAGUAAAGCGCUGGCUAUUGUAAGAGAAGAAAGAGCAGGGGAACAUUUGGACGUCUGAUUCAUGAUAGUCACACCACUUUAAUUUAAAUCAGUAUUUAUAAAGUUAAGAUGCUUUUAUUACGCAAUAUUGUUCAUUGAUAAUAUUUUGUAUGGUUACGG